CCUAGAUAAAAGUACACACUCAACGCCAUGACCACUGUUCAUCAUCCUUUAUCAAGCCUCGGGCCCCUCCACCCGGCUCAAGCACCCGCCAUCACCCCCGCAGCCCCCAUCGCCGAGCGCAUCCGCAUCACCGUCCACGAUCCGCACGACCAUGAAGCCCCCGCCAUCCUGCACCGGCCACGUAGUUACAACGCCCGCGAAGUCCGUGGGGCCGCUGUGAUUCUCAUCAGCGGAGCAGGCGGCGGCGUGAGCGGUCCAUCAGGGAUCUACCCCUCCCUUGCCGACAAACUCACCCUCCACCUUUCCAUCCCUGUGAUGCGCCUCGACUACCGCGAGCCCGCUCGCACCCGCUACUGCACCGCCGAUGUUCUCGCAGCAAUGGACUAUCUCACCCAGCAGUAUCAAUCCACUCGCUUCGUCCUGGUGGGAUGGUCCUUCGGCGGCAGUCCGUGCUUCACCGUCGCCGCACGGGAGCCCGAGCGCGUAGUCGGAGUGGCGACGGUCGCAUCACAGACGGCCAUGACCUCAGGAAUAUCGAAGCUCAGUCCCCGGCCGCUCUUGCUGCUACACGGGACCGGAGAUACCGUGCUUUCGGUCAGGUGUUCGGUGGCGCUGUAUGGGCAGUAUGGCUCGGAGGGAGGCAGUCGAGAGCUGAAGACCUUUCCUGGGGAUGACCAUGGAUUGAGUCAGAAUGCGGAAGAGGCGGAGCGGUGGAUCCUCAUGUUUGCGGGGAGGGCGUUGGGGUUUCAGGAAAGGUUGAGGGGAGUCGGUGGUGGAGAUGGAGGACUGGGGAAGAGUUGGGCCGGGGGGUGGGAGGAGAGGUUGCAUUCGAUGCAGGAGGGGAGAGAUCUGGAGAACGGGGAGGCUAUGUCAAUUUUCUACAUGGUGAAUCACAUCGCCUCUCCUACCAUCCGGUGA